GUCACAGUGCCAGUCGUUACGCUGUGCGUCAGAGCGCAUGGAUGAACUGAAAGAACAGCGGCACUCACCGUGGAGGAAAUGCGCCCGGAAGAUCCUAGAGACAACACUUGUUCCUGUUUCCAGUUUGAGAUGGAUGAAAAGGACGGAGUGUAGGUGUCGCCGCGUGCGUCUUUCUCUUGCGCGUUCCCCCCGGGGGAAGUCUGGGCUUCAUUAUGUUCCACCACCUGACGGAUCAAACGGUGAAUGGCAGCUGCCUGGGAGCCUCCACAGACUGUAACAAGAGCGCUGACGGAGACGCGCUGCAACUGCCCACCUUCUCCACGGCCGCCAAAGUCCGCGUAAUCAUCACCUUCACCCUGUGCGCAGUGUCCGCCGUCUGCAAUUUGCUGGUGCUGUGGGCCGCCGGGAAAGGUGGCAAGCGCAAGUCCCACGUCAGGAUCUUGAUCAUGAACCUGACCGUGGCGGACCUGCUGGUCACUUUCAUCGUGAUGCCCGUGGACGCGGCGUGGAACAUCACAGUGCAGUGGCAGGCGGGGGACCUCGCCUGCAGGCUGCUGAUGUUCAUGAAGCUGGUGGCCAUGUACUCGUGCGCCUUUGUAACUGUGGUCAUUAGUCUGGACAGACAGUCAGCCAUUCUGAACCCGCUGGGGAUCAGCGAGGCCAAACGGAAAAGCAAAAUCAUGCUGACGGUGGCGUGGACCACGAGCGUCAUCCUCUCUCUCCCCCAGAUGUUUAUAUUUCACAACGUGACCAUCACAGUCCCAGAGAACUUCACCCAGUGCACCACCCACGGCAGCUUCGUCCAGCGCUGGCAGGAGACGCUCUACAACAUGUUCACUUUUGUGUGCCUCUUUCUGCUGCCUCUAGUCAUCAUGAUUUUCUGCUACACUCGAAUACUUGUUGAGAUAUCAAGCCGCAUCGCUCGGAAUAACAUGGUGUCCAGAGAUAUUCAUCUUCGUCGCUCUCACAACAACAUCCCCAAAGCUCGGAUGAGGACUCUAAAGAUGAGUAUCGUUAUUGUGACUUCAUUCAUCAUCUGCUGGACUCCGUACUACCUGCUCGGUCUGUGGUAUUGGCUUUUUCCGGAGAAAAUGGAGGAGACCGUCUCUCAUUCACUCACCCACAUGCUGUUUAUCUUUGGCCUCUUCAAUGCAUGUCUGGACCCCAUCACCUAUGGCCUGUUUACCAUCCACCUGCGUCAGGGCGCGAGGAGACGGCGGCAGAUUUCGAACGCACAGACCGAACUUGAAAACAACUCCUGUCUUAUGCAAAUGUCUUGUUUGUCAGCUCAUAGGCAGAAUGUGUCAAGUGGCCUCAGUAAACACACAGAGGAGAUAAAUGACAACAGCAGCACAAAAAACGCCUCAAGCCCUUCCAUUUCAGUCAGCAGAAUUUAAAAGCUUAAAGAAUUUUAAUAGGAUAAAAAAAAAAAAACUAUCCUGUCCGUUUUCGUUCUCUGGAGUGGAUUUUGUGACAAUGAUGCCUAGGAAAACUUAAACCUUUGAUUCAUUUUUCAGCUGAGCUUUGUUUUUUAUCAUGAAUGUAAAAAUAAGAUACUAUUUUCUACAUGAGUAGCUCUUAUAUGCUCUCUAAUAGACAUGUUAAAGGAAGCCAUGUCUGCAGAAUAACAAACGGGAAACCACAAAACGCAUCUUUUUCACAAUUUUGAGAGAAAAAAAAGGCAAUUAUCCACAGAAGACGUGUGAAUUUUGAACGCGGAAGUUUGAAACAUACAUGGACUUUUCAUUGGAAGCGACCGGGAGAUCUUUGUUCUAAUACUCAUUGAUGGUCAUGAGCUCAGGGUCAUGACCGAAAGAAUGAGGUCCCGAAUACAAAAUGAACUUCCUCCGUAGGGUGGCUGGACACUCCCUUAGAGAAGCUCGGCCACCCAGAGAGAGCUCGGAGUAGAGCCGCUGCUCCUUCACUUCCAGAGGAGCCAGUUGAGGUGGCUCGGUCAUCUGGUCUGGAUGCCUCCUGGACACCUCCCUGGGGAGGUUUUCCAGGCAUGUCCCACUAGGGAAGGCCCUGGGGAAGACCCAGGACACGCUGGAGAGACAACGACUCUUGGCUGGCCUGGGAACACCUUGGGGUCCCCCCAGAGGAGCUGGAGGAAGUGGCCAGCGAGAGGGAAGUCUGGGCAUCUUUGCUUAAACUGCUGCCCCCACGACCCGGUCCCGGUUGAGCGGAAGAAAAUGGAUGGAUGGAUGGUGAUCGCUUGAACAGCCAUUGCAGAGGGCGAUGUGAACGUAGCUUCAGUUGUGUGCGCGUUUGUUGACGCAGACCACUUCUACUCCCAGAUGCUGGGAGCUUGGAGCAGGAAGCUCAAUUUCAGCAUAAUUUCUUUAUCACAAAUACCAUUGUUUUCAAAAUGCAUUUUCCUGAUUUACAAUAAUUUGAAAAAGAAAUACUCAGAAAGGCAACUUUAAGCUGAUCAUCAAAAAAAUGCCACAAGAACAUGUUAAAACCACCAAAAACACCAUUUUCAUCAAAGUGGGUCUUUAAGAGGAUUUGUUGAGCACACACAUAUCGCUGCCAUUCUUUAGUUUUGCAGCAGACUGAGCUUGAAAAUGAUCAAUAUUGAACGCUUGACAGGUACAAUGUUUAACCCCUGAGGAAAGUUAACCUUUAAGGAAUAAAACUCAGCCCAGGGGGACAGCCUGUUUCAUUGCUAAAUGGGUAACAACAGCAAACUUCAUUUUAUUCUUCAACAAUUUCUGUUACCUUACGUUUCUUUUUUUUUAUUUAUCAGAAUCUCAGAGGCUCCCCUUUAUUAUGAAGGUCACAUGCCAACUAAAACCUUCAUAACAGAAUUCUUUUAGAACAAUUUUGAAGAACAUUCUGAAGAAGUUAGAAAAAUACUUUUUUCAAUCAGUUUGUUAUAAUUUUUUUUCUAUGUCAUUAGUGGGAUAGUUUGUUCUUCUAGGCACAAGUUGCAGCUGGGAUGAUUUGUUAAAAUGUCCAUCUCAUCUUCACUAAGAUCAAAUGGGUGUAAAAUCUAAAAAUUGAGACAGGAAAGCAAAGCUCAUUGCCUUCAGAGACAAAAUCUUAUUUUCCUCUUGGGUUCAAGCAUCCUUGGAUUUUCACAGAUUUCUUUUUUUCUGUGCCAGCUUAGGAAAAAAUACUGAAAGCUGUCAUCACUUUUCCCGUUACAACUAAAUUCUGUUUUUCCCCCUUUGGAGCUCAAAAGAGGCUUAUUGCUGCCACUUUGAUGUCUGUGCAUGACUUUUGCCGUGUGAUACGUAUGCAUGCAUAUUCUUUCAUGCCAUUUCAUGGAGGACAUAUACAUCAGGAUCCAGCUGUAGUAUUUUGAAAAAGCUCCCGUUGGAUGUUCUGACUUGUCGGUCCUCGGACAGAAACACUGUUGGUUUGAAGCAGAUGGCGAUGCCCUUCACUGGCGGGGAUCCCCCCCGCUGUCUGUCCCAGAGGUGCACGCUGAACUGGGAUAAUUGACAUUCAAAGUUGCUGCUUUCUCAGCUUGAAAAGAGAAAAAGAAAAAAAUCACCAAAUGAGCUGCAGCUUAAGGAGCUGGUCUCUGUGGACACUUUCUGAGUCAUUUUAAAUGACCUGAAAGCAAAGACUCACACCUGCCGAUACUUUUACUAUUUUAGUUUUGUUGCAGAGGUUGACUAUUCUCCUGCUUUUUCUGAGUUUUAAUGUGGUUUGAUAUGUAUUUGUGUUGCUUGUGUACAUGUCUUUGUGUACAAUCUGUUCGUGUGUGAACUGUGUUUAGUUGCCUGUUUAAGCCUAAAGCCCCUGACAGAGUUUCUUGAUGUAUAUUUUUGAGAAAAGAGACAAAAAAGUGAAAGAAGCACAUAAGGUUUAAAAAGAUUUUGCUUUAUUAUUUCCUACAAAGCUAUAAUUAAAAAGCUGUAACUGUCUACGACUAAAAACAGGUGUAUCAAACAUGAUAUGAUGAAUGUUAAAACAUUUUCCAUCUGUGAUUGUAGUCACAACUACCAGGAUCUCACUUUCUUUCUCCUUCUUAUUUUUUUAAUCCAAAUCUUUAAUUCCUGCAAGGUUGACCAAAAUAUUGAAACAUUUGCUAACCUUGUUUUUUUAUGUAAACAAAAACAAUUUCCUUCAUUUCAAAGCAACACAAAAUUGAUUUUCCCAUGAACUCAACAGAAUUCACACUAAAAACACUAAAAAUCCUUUAAAUACUGUCUUGUGUUGUUUUGUUUGGUGGAUUAUAUCAGAAGUGGUAAGAGGUUAUAAAAAAUGUAUUAUUGUGCAUCGACUACAUGAAUGAAAUCUAUGAUAAAUAAAAAUACAAAACUAUUGGUCC